AUCGUCUCCACCGAACCAGACAUUCCACCUGAUACCCCUGCUCUUCCCCCGCGUCGCCGAACACCGAUGGCUUGAUCGGAUCCCCCCACCGGCCCAGAUCUAGCGCUGCCGCCGCCAUGGGCGAUCACUCCGACUCCGACUCCUCCCCCAAGUCCUCCUCCUCCUCGUCCUCCUCCCCCUCCGCCCGACGCCGCUCCUCGCCGCAUCGCGGCCGGGCCCACUCCGACGAGAGCGGCAGCAGCGACGGCGUCCUCGUCGAACUUCCCGCGCAGGAAGCGCGGAGCCCCGGGGCGGACCCGGACGGCGGCGUCCUCGUGAACAUGCCGGCCGACGACGCCACCAGCGGAGAGACCUUCGAGGACGCACCCGACGACCUCGCCGCCGCGGGCUCCCGCUCCGCCCGCGCGCUGGAUGAGUCCAUGGCCGUCAUCGACUUCCCUGAGGUGUCCAGCGCUGCCCCCGAGCUCCGCAAGUACCAGGAAGAGAAGGAGGCGUUUGCCCGCGAGGCAGUGGCACUCCGGAGGAUGCUACAGGAGAUGGUUGGGCAGGUAGCUUCUGUUUCGUUGCAUGGGGAGGACCUAGAUGAGACGCCAUUACAUUCGAUGCUGGACGACUGCUCGAGGCUUGUCCUUGAACUUAAUUCAGUGGCACGAGCCAGGGAGCAGGAGAUUGAGAGCCUACAUACGAGGGUUGCGGAGGCAGAGGUGUCAAAGGAGGUUGCUGAUGUAUACCUGGGUUCAUGGAGGGAAGGGUCUGAGCAAGUGGUUGGGCGGAUGCUUGCAUCAAUUGAUGCUGUGGUUGGGCAAGAUGAUGCCAGCUUUGAGGGUGCUGACCAGGAUGGGAUUUCUAUUCUGGAAAGAAAGACUUUGUCGCUAUUAGAGAAGUACAAGCAGGUCUCUAUGGGUAUUGAACAGCUUGAGCAAGUUUUAGCAGAGGUGAAGCCUGGUUUUGUGGCCACAGGGCAAGGUGACCUAGCUACCAUCUUAGGUAUUGUUACAGAGGAAUUGGUCAGUAGCAAGAGAAAUGAGGUGGAUUUCCUGCAGAAGCUGAACACUUUUGCUGAAGAGAAGAAGGCUCUUGCCGAUGAACUUGAGGAAGUAAAAGCCGCUCGAGAUGCAGCGAAUGCGGAGGCAAGCAAAGCUAAGGCAGAGUUUGAGCAGAUGGAGCAUAAGUUAUCAACAACCAAGGAGAAGCUCAGCAUGGCUGUUACGAAGGGCAAGUCACUGGUGCAGCACCGUGAUUCCUUGAAGCAGGCCUUGGCUGAAAAGACGGCUGAGCUUCAAAGUUGCAUGGCAGAGUUGCAAAAGAAGUCUGAUGCCUUGCAAGCAGCUGAGGGCACAGUUGAGGAGCUAAGGGUUUCUCUAGAUGAAAAGACGAUUGAGCAUGAGAAAUGCUUGGAUGAGCUUCGAGAAACGUAUAGUGCUUGGGAAGCUGCUAAGUCCAGCAUCGAGCAACUAAAUGAAGAAAACAGUGCCUUUACUUCUCUCCAGGCAUCCCUUUCACUAAAAGAUGGGGUUCUUCAACGCAUUGAAGAGAUCAUGUCGGAGGCAACAUUUCCAGAGGAUCUGCUUUCCUUGGAGAUGGCAGACAGGUUGGGAUGGUUAAUUGAGCAGAAGAAAAUUGCAGAUAUGAUCUUCUCAGAGCACCACAAAGUUAAAGGCAUUUUAAGCUCGGUUGACAUUCCACAUUCGGUUUUAACUGGUGAACUUGAUUCUCAGAUCAGCUGGCUUGUCAGCUCGCUGAACCAGGCCAAAGAUGAUGUAGCCCGGUUACAUAGUGAAUCUGCUGACAUGUUGGCUAGACUGGCUGCACAUGAAUCAAAGCUGGUUUCGAUGCAUGAGGAAAUUGACCGUUUGACAAUUGUGCUACUGGAAGAGAAACAGGAAAAAGACAUGCUUGUAAAUGAACAUUCAGAGUUGAUGUCCCUAUAUAAUGAUGCUAUUGAUAAAUUGUCUGUUGCCUCUUCACAGAAUAAUGAGCUGAUAAAGGCAUUUGCAGAAUUUUCUGAUGUCACAUUGGAAGGUAAUGAUCCUCUGGAUACUGCCAAAUUAGUACAGCAGAGCCUCAGCAACAUCCAACAAAGAACCAAAUCCUUUCCUAUUGGGACUGACAGUUUUGAGAAGCUGCAAACAUUUCUAUAUACCCUAGAUCAGGAAUCAUCACUAUGUAAGAUAAUUCUCGAGGAAGACAUAAUCGAUAGAUCUGUGAGGACUGGUGAACUGCAUAGAAUGAUGGAGGAAAUUCAUGUUCUGAAAAAUGAAAAGGACUUGGUGCAGGAGGAGCUCGAACGGGUGGAGGAGAGAUCAUCAUUGCUUAGAGAGAAGUUAUCAAUGGCUGUAAAGAAGGGGAAGGGUCUGGUACAUGAGCGUGAAGGACUCAAGCAAGUCCUCGAUCAAAAGAGCUCUGAAAUAGAGAAUUUGAAACAAGUUCUGGAAGGGAAGAACUCUGAGAUAGAGAAGCUUAAAUAUGCUCUAAAUGAAAAUAAAUCUGAAACAGAGAAUAUAAAAGAAGUUUUGGACAUAAAGAACUCAGAGAUAGAGAAGCUAAAACAUGCUUUGGAUGAAAAUAACUCCAUAACAGAUGAUUUGAAGCAAGCUUUGGACGGGAAAAACUCUGAGAUUGAAAGGCUUAAACAUGCUCUGGAUGAGAGUUGCAUGGAAACAGAAAAUCUAAACCAAGCUUUGAUUGAGAAAACCUCCGAAGCAGAUAAGAUAAAACAAGAGUUGGGUGCAAAGAACAUUGAUAUUGAGAAUCUAAGACAUGAGAUAGAAUCAAGAGAAUCUUCCAUGACAGACCUCAGAGAGCAUGUUGAGCAUGUAUCUUUGCAAUCUGCACAUUUUGAAAAGCUGCAAUUAGAUAUUGUUACCCUUAAUGAUGAAAAGGGAAAAGUAGAAAGCAUGUUGGAAGAAGCCAGAGCUUCCUUGGGCACUCUGUCUGAUUCAAUAUCAAGCCUUGCUCUUCCUGUUGAUCAGCCCUUUGAGGAGCCUAUGGAAAAAAUUAGCCAGAUUGCCCAAUACAUCCAGGAAUCUCAAGUUGCUAAGAGUUCUUUUGAUUAUGAGCUACACAAAGCAAAUGAGCAAAUUACCUUACAUGCUAGCAGGCUUUCUGACGCCCUUUCCACCAUAAAUGUGUUAGAAGAUGAAUUGAGAAAAGUAAAUGAUCAUAUUUCUUCCAUUUCUGAAGAAAAACGUCAAGUACAGUUGCAUACUGCUGCUAUAGAGGAGGAGUUGGAGAAAACAAAUGAGGAACUGGCUAUAAAUGUCAACAAACUUGAAGAUGCCAAUGCUACCAUUAAUUUACUGCAAGAUGAACUAUCACAGGCUAGAUCAAAUAUUUCUAUUCUUGAUGCUGAAAAGAAUGAAGCUGAAGUGAAACAUGAAACAGAAAUCAAUGCUCUUAAUGCUAAGCUAGCCAAAUGUUUGGAGGAGUUGGAUAGAACUCAUGGAAACUUACAAAGUCAUUCAACAGAACAUCAUGGUUACCUCGAGAAGCUUAGCAUGCUUGUAAUGGAUGACAGUCACUUAUCUCUGAUGGCUGAAGAAUUUGGAAAGACAAUCAACAGCUUGAGAGAGAUGGGCCUUAUUGUUAAAAGUAUGCAUGAGCAGCUUGCUGCAAAGGGCUUUCAGAAUGAUGCAGUUGCGGAGGAGUCCGAACUCUCAACACUUCUCUCUCUUCCAGAUUAUGAUAGCUUUGUUACAGAAAGAUUGGUCAACAGCAAAACUAGAAAAGGGAAUGUUGAUGAUACUUCGUCCUUCUCUACUAUUGUUGAACAGUUGAGCAGCCAAGCUGAAUACUUUUCUAGUUUUUCGAAAGAUUUGUCAUCCUACAUGAAUGGCAAUAUUAUGUUGGUGCUUCGUGCUCUGCAACUGGCGAGCAACAACUUUGCUCAUACUCUAGAAGAGCAUGGCACCUUGAAGAUUGAAUUGGGAAACAAGGAUGCUCAUAACAGAGCUCAAGAAUCUGAAGUGCUUUCUCUACAAAAAGAGCUGAGAGCAAUGUCAUCAAAAUGUAUUUAUUGCAUCCAGCAGAUUAAAAUUGUUUUUGAUGAUGUGGUUGAUCUAGGAUAUGCAAUAGAGUUGGCUACAGGCAGGUCAAGCACAAGAUCUGAACUAGAAGUAACUGUAUCUGAUCUGAUGGAUGAGGAUGCCAAUGAUUAUAAUAAGGUGGCUGAUGCUUUACUGUCUACGGUUACAAUUCUGAAGUCCAAAUCUGAAGAAUUAUCUGCUAUUAAGGGUUGUGUGAUAACUUCAUUGGAUGAGUUUAAAAUAAGGCUUAAACAAGCUGAAUCAGCUACUGAAAUUGCUGCACAUGACCACCAGUUGUUAUUAGAAAGGACAUGCAUGCUGGAGAAAGAGCUUGAAACAUUACAGGAUGAAUGCAACAGAAUGGAACUAAAGAUGCAGGAAUACCAGGAAAGGGAGGGUACAUUGAAGGCAAAGGAGUUAGAGUUGCUAUCACUUGAGCAUACUCAAAUUACAACCGACAGAGGUAAAACCGAAGAUGCAAUUUCAAAAAAUCAAAUGGAAGCCCUUCUUGAGAAGAUAAAUAAGUUAAACUUGCUGUCAGACGAGUCACAUUUGCAGAGGGAAGAGGCAGCAUUGCCUAGUCCAAUUGACAAAUUCUUUGCUGUCAUUGAUGGAUUCAGUGCACUUCAACGUGAGGUUGAGACCUUAAGAUAUGAAAAUGAAGAUUUACAGUUAAAUGUUGAAUCAUAUACUCGUGAAAUAGAACAGCUGAGGGAGGUUUCCAGAAAUAGUGAUUUGAAUAGUAGGGAGUUGGAGUCCAAAAGCAGUGAACUCCUUGAGGUAACCGUUAGUAUGGAGCGGAUGAUUCAGCGGUUAGGAUAUCUCGGAGGAAAAGAUUUAGUAGAAGAUAACAAACCUACUACCACACAAGCUCUCUUAUCGAAGCUGGAAAAACUAAUAAUUGCUUCAAGUACUGAAGCUGGGAAUGCUAAAUCCAUAAUACAGGAGCUAGGAGCAAAGCUGCAGUCCAGGGAAAAGGCAGUUGAUGAGUUGUCAACAAAAGUUAAGAUGCUUGAGAACUUGUACCAUGCACGACUCGCGCAACCAGAUUCUAGUAAAGACAGAUCAUUUGAAGCAUCUUCCUCAGCAAUUGGUUCAGAUGUGUCUGAGAUUGAAGAUGUGGGACCAAUGGGCAAGGCGUCAAUUUCAUCUGUCUCUACUGCUGCACAUGCUAGAACAAUGCGGAAGGGAUCAUCGGAUCAUCUUGUUCUUAAUAUUGGCUCAGAGUCAGAACGACUAAUUGCUUCACAGGAUUCAGACGACAAAGGGCGUAUAAAAUCACUACAUACAUCUGGCUUGAUUCCAGCACAGGGAAAGCACAUCGCUGAUAGGGUUGAUGCUAUCUGGGUCUCGGGGAGCCAAAUUUUGAUGAACCGGCCACGAGCGAGGCUAGGGCUUAUGGUGUACUGGCUCUUCUUGCACCUAUGGUUGCUGGGCAGCAUCUUGUGACACUACUCAUCAAUACCCAACCCACUUCAUAGCAUAACUGUAAAAUAGUAUUGGCAGUUUCUUCUUUCUUUCAUACCAUACAUGGUAGGUGGUACAAAUGCCAUUCUUUUCAUUUUCUCCCUCCUGCUCAGAUUUGUGCUUGAGCAGUAUAUGUUGAAAUUUCGCACAGGAAAUGUAAUGUGCAGAAAAUAACAUUAUCAUUCUUUGAAUCUUUGUUAUACUGAACAAGUGGUAGCAGUAGAUGUGGUCAUGUGGCCUCGAUGCCCUGCUGAUGUCCAUCAUCGUUAAUUCGUUGCUGGAAACGAAAGCAUUUGCAGUC